AUGUUGACAGGUCUGUUUUCUCAGAAGCACAUUAAAACUUCUAACCCUGUUCCACGCCCUUUUCAGUCAGACAUUUCGCUGGAUGGCGAGAAGGCUGGAGCCGUCCUGCUGUUCUCAGGAGUGUGUCUAGCCCUUGUGGGUGUCACUUUCACCGCCAUUGGCUGGCAUUACUACCUAGCCAACCCCAACUUUGAGUGGACCCAACUGGUGGGCCCCAUCUUGAUUGCUGUCGGAGGUACUUUCAUCCUUACCGGUGUCUGCAAGUUUGGGAUCAUUCCCUGCUGGCCCUGCAGACGGUGUGAUGAAGAGGUACUUGUAAUGCCAGUGAUGGAGCAUACCUCAACAGGACAUUCUUUUACAUUAAGCGGUAUAACGCAACCAACUUUGUUACAUGGUGCCACGACAAUGUUUUGUAUUCCACCUUUGUCUAACUUUAUAACCCAGGAUGUGCGCCAGAGCAUUGAUUCCCAGACUGGCAGGUCUGUGAAUGGCAUCCUUGCAGCCUUUCCUCCACAUGAUGUGUUCUGUGUGGAUAACUCAGCUCUCACAGCAGGAGAAGAAGGCAGCUCAGCUCACAGCACGGAAAUAGGCCACAGAAGACUCAGUUUCCCUGUCCCGAUGGAGGUCUGACGAGACGAACAUGCAAUAAUCUGCUCCAGUCGUCCAGAAUCAGCGGGCCUUCGGAGUCCAGGCUCGGUCCCGGGACUCUGUGGCUUUCAUCUCAAUGUGAGUCAGGAGUUGAUUCAAACAUGGAGUGAUUGGAGAAUUAACCCCUGGGACCCAGCUUUCAAUGGGCUCAGCUAA